CAACACAAAAAUGCGCAACAAGCAACAGCAGCAGCAACAACAGAAUCAACAACAAGAACAACGUGUACAAAUAACAAAAGUCAGCCGCAUACCCAGCCUCAAAGACAAAGUUCGCCGCGCAUUAAAUCAGCUCGCCCAGGACAUCUUAGAGCUGGUGCAAAUGCAGCCGGCCAAUGCGAACGAUGAAUGGAAACAGUAUGUGGAGCUACAGCGACUGCUCGAUCGCAUGAUCUUUCACGAGAAGCCGCUGCAAGAAGCUGUCUUUCCGAUGACGGACGCCCAGGUGACUGAACAGACUCGAUUGGCCAAGAUUGAAGCCUUCAAUGAAUGGGCACGAGCCGGCGGUGUGAAAACCGAUUGUGUGGAAAUCGCAACAUUUCCCGGCUAUCAGUUAGGCUUGCGUGCCACACGCGACAUCAAGGCGGGCGAACAGGUACUUAGUGUGCCGCGCAAGCUCAUCUUUUCGGAGGAACUGCUGCCCGAGAAGCAGCGUCAGCUUUUCCACAAUUUCCCCACCCACCUGAAGGUCACAUAUACGCUGAUUAUGGAGAAAUUACGGGGCGCGGAAAGCCCCUGGCAGCCGUUCAUCGAUACGUUGCCCUCGCGCUACAACACCGUGCUCUACUUCACCGUGGAGCAAAUGCAACGUUUGCGUGGCACCUCGGCCUGCUCGGCUGCUGUGCGGCAUUGCCGUGUCAUUGCACGCCUCUACGCCUCCAUGUACAAGUGCGCCUUCAUGCAGCUCGAUGACAGCGUUAUGGGCGGCAUGGCAAAUCUCUUCACCGAGUACGGUCUCUGCUAUGAGCUCUAUCGCUGGGCCGUAUCGACGGUGACAACGCGUCAGAAUCUGGUGCCGCGAGUGCUGGGCGUUGAGGACGGCGGCGAGCUGUCGAGUCAAUUCGAGGGCCUUACCGAGGGGGCCGAUGGCAAGCAAGGGAUAUCGUCGAACCCUGCUAAUUUACCAAUAUCGGCAUUGAUACCCUUUUGGGACAUGGCGAACCAUCGCUCUGGCAAAAUCACCUCGUUCUAUGACCAGGCCGCAGGGCAAAUGGAAUGCACGGCCCAGGAGGCGUACAAGUCCGGCGAGCAGUACUUUAUCUACUAUGGCGAUAGAUCCAAUGCGGAUCGACUGGUGCACAAUGGUUUCGUGGACAUGCAGAACCCGAAGGAUUAUGUGCAAAUACGGCUGGGUCUCAGUCCAACGGAUGCGCUGGCCGAACAGCGGGCCAUGCUGCUCGCCGAGCUGAACAUCGAGCGCAAAGCGGAGCUGCGUGUACUGCCCGCACCGGAGCACAUAUCGGGCGAGCUGUUGGCAUUUGUGCGCGUCUUCAACAUGAGCAAGGAGCAGCUGGAGCACUGGUGCAGCGACUUGGAGCGUGCUGUCGACCUGCUGCACAUCGACUGCGCACUCGAAACGGACCUCGAGACACGCACCUGGCAGUAUUUGUACCAGAGGCUCAAGCUGCUGCUCGGCGUGCUCGAGGUGACGCUCAAGGAGGCCGACGAGCUGAAGCAGCUGGAAGCACUGCAACAGCAGGCCGAUGCAUCUGAAAUUGAUAUUAUGGUCCUACAAUAUCGUCGACUCGAGCGUCGCAUACUCAGCGAUGCGCUCCAAUAUGCACAAGAGCGUCUCAAGGUCUAAGAUCUAGCUCGAUUUCACAUUAAUGCAUAUAUAUAUAUAUAUUUUUUUUUUUGUCCCGAUACAAAGACUUCGAAGCCUAUCCUAGUAAAGCCUAAGAUAUAAAACUAACAAAAAGGUCUUCAAUUUAAUUUGAGGGCUCACAAUUUGGAGUUUCUUUCAUAGAUAUUUUUCAUGCUUGAAUUUUAAUUAAUUUAUUUGUGAAUCAAUUUGAAAAUUUGCAAUAUUUCAAUUGAAUUGCUUUUCAUUAAUAUUCUCGACAUCAUCUGCAUUAAAUUAUU